AUGUCUUCCUUUGCCCAGUACGACGACCUCACCUUCUGUCACUAUAUGGAGGACAUCCCACGUGAAGAGGUCGUGGGACUCUGGCGGCGGGCCGCCCUCCUCAUGGCGUCGCACCUCUUCGAUAACGAGCUCUUCCGGGCCCGUGGGGACCUCCCCCGUCACAAAGUAUCGGUCGUGUGUGGGCUGUUUGUGCAGCGGGUGGGUGCCUUCACCUACACGGUCGCGGUUGUCACGCGGGGCACCGGGUCCGACGUCGCGGUGCAUCUUCUUCUGCGGGAUACCAGCCGCCGCCUGGGGAGGUGCUUUUCUCGUCAGUUCGAGACCUUCCCGAUCGGCGCGCCCCUGCGGCGCGUGUCGCUGCGGCUUCAAUGGGCCAGGAGCCCGGUGCGCAUCGUACCCGGCGUUUGCCUCCCGGUCAUUCGAGUUAUUCUCGACGACCGGCGCGGGGACUUCGGCUCUCCAUGGCCAGCGCAGCAAAGCGGCGGGUCGGAGAUGUCACGGAUGCACUUCGCCUCCUCCUCACGGGGCACGGACAACCUCAGCAUGGGGACCCGUAUCGUCCCUGACGCCUUCAGGGGCUAUAGCAUAGUACGUCUUUUCCUGGCGCGCCCUCUCUGGUCGAGGCUGCUGGGCCACUGCAUCAAAGCUAUCCCGCAUCGGCUCUCGUCGCUACCUUCAAGCUCGUGGAGUGAGAGUCUAAAUCUAUUCACCUUCAGACAUACUUUUCAGACUUCGAGCUCGGUGACACAGUCUGAUAGACAGUAUCAUCAUAACCCUUAUGUAUCCGGCAGAUAUAGCCAUCCGGAUUCUUCAAUUGAUGACCGCUUACCACCCAACUUCUCCAGCGUCGACACCUCGUCUUUAUCGUUCGCACAAUAUAUGCUCAUGAACGAUUCAUCGCUUCCGCAAUUUAAUGCCCUGGGCUCAUGUGGUGAAACUCGGGUUACCUCCGAAUCCCAGAAUAGUUCUUUGGAGGAUGCUCGCCUUUCGACGGUGCGGAGUAUAGGUGAAAUGAUUCCGUCAUGCGUCGUCCAGUUCAAUUCAUUCCCUCCCAGCGAGGACAAGUCUCAAAACGAGGCUGCCACGACCACAGGCGCUGGGAACAUUAACGACUCUGACAAUGCCACAACACAAAACAACUCAUAUCAUAAUCUUAGUUUCAGGGUAGAUCUAGAGACCGGGUAUCCAGAAAUUUAUGCACACACAGACCUGCUAUUCAGCAAUAUAAAAGUUGAUGCUGUCGGUGAACAUCUUAUCGGUGUUGAAGUUGAUGUGGGGAGUCCCUAUAGGCCUUUUGUACCUACUUUAUAUGGACAUGUAGGCCCAUUUUUGGUUGUCAAUGGGCUAUAUGAAUAG